GCAUUGUUGACCCUGCCGUGCUAGUGAGAUUUACUGUUGGUAAAUAUGGAGCCACAAUUUUCUUUUGGAGUUAUUGCUGAUGUGCAAUAUGCAGACAACGACAAUUGCUAUAAUUUUAGUCAAACAAAUAUGCGCUACUAUCGUAAUGCCUUGCCAUCUUUACGCAAUGCAGUUGAUCAUUGGAUGAAAGAUAAGCGGAACAUUUCAUUCGUUGUUCAACUUGGUGAUGUUAUCGAUGGGUGUAAUACUAAAAAUGGUGGGAAAGCUGAGUCCUGGCGGGUGUUGUCUUUGGUCAUGGAUGAGCUUGAUCAGUUCCCAGGUCCUGUUCAUCAUCUCAUUGGUAACCAUGAACUCUAUAAUUUUACACGGGAUGAACUCUGCGAAAGUAAAUUGUUCUCUGUUGUCAAUGGAUUCAUGUCGACUCAAAAUUACAAUUGUGCAAGGGAAGAUGAUUCAAGGAAAAAAUUUUACUAUCAUUUCAGCCCAUUCGAAGGCUAUCGUUUUGUCAUAAUGGACUCUUAUGAUGUUGCUAUGUUAGGAUGGGGUGAGGACUGCUCUGUUACACAACAAUCCAGGGAAAUUUUAACUUCAGUCAAUUUCAACAAGGAAUUAAACUCUCCCGUAGGUCUGAAAGGAAAUGACCGUCGUUUUGUGGAAUUUAAUGGUGCAAUUGGUGAACGUCAGAGGCAAUGGUUGAAGGAGGUUCUACAGUCUGCAGAAAAUGAUAAUGAAAAAGUAAUGAUAUUUGGUCAUAUUCCAUUUUACCCACAUAAAAAAGAUCAGAUGUGCCUCCUCUGGGACUAUGAACUCGUCCUCGAAAUCCUACAUAAAUUCAGUUGUGUUGUUGCAACGUUUGCUGGACAUCUGCAUAGAACAAGGUACACAUUAGAUGCCAACAUACAUCACAUUUGUAUACCAGCAGUGGUGGAGACACCUCCAGGUUCAGACGCAUUUGGUACAAUUGAUGUGUAUGCUAAUCGAAUCAUCCUGAAUGGUCAUGGUUCAGUAGAGUCGGAAGAGUUUAUAUAUCGCCAAAAUGUACUUGCUCAAGAGGUGGCGGUGGGCAGUGUGGCUACAAAAAAGGAACUUGCUGAUCAUUCUAUAUGAUAUUCAAACAUUAUUAUUUAUUUGACACAAGAGUGGAAAUAGAUUAAAUGACAUUGAGAGUGUCCAGAGCAAUAUUUUGUUAGACCCAACACAAUUGGUGGCCCACUUUGAACCCCUGGUCAAUCAGUUCAAUUGAGUACAAAAAUCUGUAUACAAUCCAAAUAAAAAAAUUACAAUCGAUUCAAUAAAAAGUUCUGAGGUUGAAUUAUUGUGGAACUUACUCGAUCCUUGUUUAAAAUUCCACACAACCAUUGUGUUCAGAAAAAGGUUAAAAUAAGAAAAUAACUAAUAUCUCACCUAAUCUGUAAUGAGAAGUACAGUACUGUAUUAUGUAUAUUUUAUUUUCUAUUAUUGAUUAUAUUUUAACUCAGAGAAACUACCCUGGAACUGAACAUCCAUCUUAGGCGAGACUUUUGUAUACCAUGUGUAGCAAACCUGCUGCCCGCCAAUAAUGAUGAUUUCAAAUAUAAAUAAAAUCUUAUUUUUGGCCAAUUAGCGCACACGUUGCCACAAAAACUGGAAAUUUCAGGGGAAAAAAAGAAACCUUUUCUUUAUUUUUGUCACGCCUGCUGCUGCCUUGAAAUCUUCGAAAAGAUGAUAUGUAUAUUUCUUCCUAGUUAUAUAAAUUUAAAGCAUUUAGCCAUCCCAUUUAAGUCUGUUCAAACCUGAUGUCAAAUCAAAUGUAUUGUUGCAUUGAAAUGUUUAUGUUUAUUUUUAUUAUUGUUGUAGUUUAAUGGAAUUUUUCGACUCUUAUUACUGUUAUCUUUAUUUUUAUUUUUCGUCACGUUUUGUUUUGUUAAGGGUCGUUCACAACUAUCAACAUCUUCACAAACGUGCAACCACACUGUUCUCUGUUACCCCCUCCCUUCCUUCUUUGAUAUUGAUAUUGCAAAACAAUUCUCCAUUUUUUUGGGGGGGUGGGGGAAAAUCAUCUACUGUAAAUUACUGCAUUUGCUCAGCUGUACAUAACUUAAUAUACAUUAUAUCCAUGAUUACAUUAUAAUUUGGUCAUAAAAAAAAAUCAUGCAUAAUUGUAGAAGCGUAUAAAUUGGUCUACCCCUCCCCCUUCCCCUAGCAUAAUGUUUGUGCACUUGUGAAAAUGCUGAUAUUUGGGAGCGACCUCUUACAAAUAUACAUACAGUAUACUGUAUUGUUAUGUUUGUAAGUUGUUUUUUUUUCAGGAGUAUGCCUGUAUAAAAAUUAAUCCAUACCUUUAAUUUUCAAUGAUAUAAUUCUUUUUUUUUUAAGUUAUAGUCUUAAUUUUGUAUGUACAGUUUAUUCUGUGUAUACUGUGCAAAGUUUAUAAAUAAUUGUGUAGAAGUGUUCUUCACCUUUACUUAAUUUUCAUAUUUUUGUAAUUUAAGUUGAACGCACCACUCUUGUAUGUGCCGCCGUUCCAAAUGGCCUAUGUUCUUAAGGUAAAUAAAUAAAUACUAUACUGUUUAUAA